GAGAGAUCGCAGUUCCACCAUUCUUCACGAUUGACUGACUGCUUUCAUUUAAAAACUCGUGCUUGCUCCUAGAAUACGGACGCGUGCGUCUCUCAUAUUCAUUGCGUUGUGGGACGAUACGCGCUAAGUUCGUUCCUGAUCAACACUGCCCGCGAUUUGGCGGCCAAAGCUUAAUAUCACGAACACGAAAGCAUCGCAUCAACACGAUGUCUACCUCAGCCCUCGGAGAAUCAUGGGUGGUGACUUCGGUUGAUGCGGAGAGAAAAGAUACGACGGCCAAGUGCUCGCCCAGGACCCCGAAACAAACUCGAACUCUCACUGAAGAUGAAAGUAACCACGGGCUGGGCUCUACUACCUCGUCGGUGUCUGGACCAGAGUUAAUUAUGCCUUCAAUAUACGAGACUAUUUCCGAAGCAUCUUGGGUUGCGCCAGCGGUACGAGCAAAGCAGCCAAGCCCAAAUAUCAGGCGAAGACAUCAAUCCUCUGCCGAGCCCACGACAGAAAAGAAGGCUGUUUCCGAAGCCCCAAACAAGAACGCCCAUUCGACUACGACAUCCAAGGAUCAAACACAGACCAAUUUCACACUCUUUGAAACACCAAUUCGAUCAAUUAUCAACCUCAUACUUCUCGCGGGAAUCUCACAUUUGCUCAUUCUGCCUGAACUUCUGCAACAGUAUCCAUCUAUGUGUUCCAUAGAUCCACUUUCGGCAUUAUACCCAUCCCCCUGUCGCGGCCAUUUUCACCAGUCUUUCAGCCCUGAGAAAAACAGCCAAUCGGCGCCCAUUGAAGCCGUUCUCUCAUUCCAAAUCCACCUGGAAUCUCUCUUCAAUGCGACCCUGCAUGAAAUCGCUCCACUCAACGGUUCGCUGAAACAAACAGAGUCUCAGCUCCGCGCAGUCGAGCGUGAGAUGAAACAUGCACACCCAGGCACAAAGCAUGAACUGGACCUCGAAUUCGAGAGUUGCUGGCGCGCCAUCCGCAUCGCCGGGUGGAAAUUUGACACCCUCAAGGCCGACCUCCAAUCGGCAGUUGACAGCCUAGUCGCAGCGGGUAAUGUGAAACCGAACCCAACGUCAACCGCUUCUCGGUCUUCCAUUGCCCAGGACGCACGUUUAUCCACCCAGAUGCUACGUCGCGAGCAGUAUAUUGAGCAACUAACGGCGCGGAUGCGAUCCAAGGCUGAUUCACUUGCCGCCGAUCUUGCCACCCUUGACGACCAUCUCGAGUCAAUCGAGAGCAUCGUUGAUCGGGAAAGUGAAACGGCUCCCACGUACUCGCCCAAAGACUCGGCUAGUCGACUCAUAACUUUCGUAGAAGCCAUUGUCCCUCCUAGCCUCUCACUUCCUUCUUUCCUUCGGGCGGCCCAACAAGGCACACCGGCUGAUGAUAGUGACAAUACAUCCUCCCCCUACCCAAAACUCACCCUAUCGCAGACCUUCAGCAAAGCGGCAAGUCACCACCGGCCCGUCGCUAGUAUAGCGAGGAAACUGUCUCAGAAGAUACAGCAAUCUCUCCAGAAGAAAGGAAACACCAUUCAUUAAACUCACUACAAUUGGCAUGUUAUGACGAAAACUCGGAAUGAGAUAUGAUGAUACCCACGGACACAGGGACUCUUGAGCGUUAGUGGCGUUUGGAUCUGGCACAAUUUUUACCCUAUACUGCAUCUACAAGCGCUUUACUUUUUCCUUUACGGGGUAGACAGUAACUUUGGUCUCAAGAAUUUGGUAUUCCUUUAUUAUCCAGGUAAUAAGUACCUUGGUAUCCUUUGUAGGUAGUAAUAGCAUCCAAGGAUUGGUGAGUCGCAUUAAGGAAAGACGGAGAAAAAAA